GUACGCUUUUACAUUUCAUUUCUCACGGGUUGUGUUGAUUUAUAGUGGAUUCUAAAGUUUAAAUUUUAAGCCUACCAAAGUUAUACAAUUUUAUGCUAAUGAAAGCCAGCCAACGGGAGAUUGCAGCCAGCGCUGCGAAUUGGAGGAAGAAAAUUGUCCGACAGUUUGCUGACGGUUGGGUGGAAAGCGACAACCCACGGAAAAGUGCGGACAAGACCGUCGUAAAGCAAUCGAAUAUCAUCGCUAGUCAGUACGUAAACUUUGUGAAAAGUAGCACGCAAGAGGCUCUUCCGCAGCAUGAGGAAAUAUCUGAUCCAGGUCUUCCAAAACGGGACAUUGAUCGAUUGAACAACGUGAUAGGCUAUAUGUAUAACGAGGAUAAGAUUUCCUUGAAGUUGACCUUCGAACAAGCUGGUCUGUUAUUGAAGACAAGCUACGACGAAGAAGAACGUGCGUUUCGCUACCUGAUUGGCGAUCGUGAAAUAUGCCGUGCAGAAGGAGAUUUGAACGAAGCCCAUACAAAGGCCAGAGAUAGAUUGGUACAAAUCAUUCGGUACUAUUGUUAUACAGUGAAACGGAUUAAGCCAUUCCACACUCGACGGGGUGUAUUGCGGAAACUUCCCGGCAAGCAAGCGGAGAAACAGACGUUCAGCAACCAUCAGCUGGAUGAAGACAACAUCGGUUUUCGUAUGCUGCAAAAGCAAGGCUGGACAGGUGGUUCGUUAGGAAGCAACGAGGAUGGUAUUUUGGAACCGAUCGGAUUAAAAAAGAAAUCCAACAAAGCCGGUCUCGGGGCGGAGGAUUCCCGUCCGGAGAAAAUCCCCGUCGAGGCAUUCAUGUUGGUUAUCAAACAAUACGCAGCCGGGAAUGCGCUCUACGAUCUGGUAUUCAGCCCACAUUUCUCCAAACAUCAAGUUAUUAAACUUAAAGAUUUUGCUUCGACGCUAAAGCUUUUCCCACAAUUCGUCGGAAAAAAGAAACAACUGGUGAUCAGCAAAAACCUAUCUCUUCGGGAUAUUAAAAUAGGAGUCUUAAAGGGUCACUCGGAUUUAUGUGCAAAAUAUGCAGUUAUACCGCCAAUCUCACGGUGAACAGUUCUACCUGUAUUUGCUUUACAU